AUGUCAUCACCAGCAGCUAUCCUGGAACUUGGAGAACGGACACUUACUCGAGCAAAAGUGCUGGUGACUCGCGCCAAGCAGGCCUUAGGUUCUCGAACGGAACUCAGGAGACUGGUCAAAACCAUCGAUAGGCUGAGUGACAUGCUGUGUAUUGUCAUUGACACAUGCGAGCUUGUUCGACAUGCUCAUCCGGAUCCUCAAGUUUCCAAAAGUGCGACUGAUGUAUACGAGUACCUCUGCUCUUAUCUCAACAUGUUGAACACUGAUAUUGAGCUGCAUAAUGCGCUGAGAGCGUAUUUAAUGGAUUCUGAGAUCCUUGCUAGCACCAGCUGGGAUGAACAGCAGGUUGCACGUUUAUUUAUGUAUGACUUCGAAAAGUCUGGCAUCCAUUUACCAGAUGACGAAAGACGUCAAGUCGUGGAGCUCUCGGAUACGAUUAUUUCUUUAGGAGCCAAGUUUCUUCACAAUUCUGGACAAGACCGACCACCAUACGACAUAGGAAUCGAAUUGCUGGAUGGCAUGCCUCCCUCGUACCGCCGAGAAGUCAUGUCAGCAAGCAGAUCACCAUGGCGAAGGACGCUACGCGUAACACCACAGAGCCGUGCCCAUUUCUUGAUUACGCGAUUCGCACCAAACGAAGAGGCUAGGAGAAGAGCCUUCAUUGCAGUCAACUCAAGCACACCGAAUCAGCUCGCUACACUGGAGAGUCUCUUGGAUGCUAGAGCGCAACUCGCGAAACUUGUCGGGUAUACGAGCUAUGCCGAAAUGGCACUAGGCAAUAGUAUGGCAAAGCAACCAGAACAUGUUUUGCAGUUUUUGCGCACCCUCAGCGAACACCACAAACCCGCUGCGAUAAGAAAUAUCGCAUCAAUUGCGUACAGAAAGCAGCUCCAACUGCAAAUGGAUUUCUUACCAUCUCUGAAACCCUGGGAUCGAGACUAUUAUGUGCAACUGUUACCACACGACUCUCCAUCUAUACCUAUCUCCUCCUAUUUCUCCCUGGGCACAACUGUUCAGGGAGUAUCACGCCUCUUCACAAACUUGUACGGUAUUUCACUUCGACCUGCGGCAAUGGCGCAAGGCGAGGUCUGGCAUGAGGGUGUCCGAAAGCUGGAGGUUGUCGACGAAACAGAAGGUGUCAUUGGCUAUGUAUAUUUGGACCCGUGGACCCGAGAAGGCAAGGCGCCAGGAGCUGCCCAUUACACUGUUAGAUGCUCGCGUCGAGUUGAUGAUGACGACCCCCUUGGUGACUCUAUCGCUGCCAAGAGCGACGCUGUUGACUUGGUUGUGCCUUUGGAGGUGCCCAGCGUCGAGAUGAAGGGUAGGGCUGGCAAGUAUCAGCUACCUGUGAUCGUCUUGAUGUUUGAUAUCGGGUCUUCUCGGUCACUUCCGAGCCUCCUGACGUGGCCAGAAGUUCAAUUAGUGUUCCACGAGAUGGGCCAUGCGAUUCAUUCUAUGAUUGGACGGACCGACUACCACAAUGUUUCAGGAACCCGCUGCGCAACAGACUUCGUCGAGUUGCCUUCCAUCUUGAUGGAGCAUUUGCUUUCUUCUCCCGCCUGCGUCGCUUUGUUUGCUCAGCAUCACCGGACUGGAACACCUCUGCCGUACGAGCAACUGCAGAAAAUGAUCACCAGCCUUGAGCAAUUCGCGGCAUUGGACUCUCACCAUCAAAUUAUGUUGGCUACUCUCGACCAAAUAUUGCACAGUAGCAAGCAUGAAGACAGCACCACAGAAUGGGCUCGCCUACAUGAAACCGUGGGCGUUCUUCCAUACGCACCUGGCACAUCUUGGCAAACGCAAUUCGGUCAUCUCUACACCUAUGGUGCAACCUAUUACUCCUAUCUAUUCGAUCGUGCCAUUGCGUCGCGAGUCUUCACCACUGUCUUUGGUGGAAAGGAAGGAACCCUUGAUAGAUCCAUGGGAGAGAAGUUCAAGGAGAAGGUGCUUAGAUGGGGAGGAGGGAAAGAUCCUUGGAAAAUGAUCGGUGAGGUGCUGGAAGAUAAGGUAAUUGCCGAAGGUGGCGAAGCCGCUGUGAUUGAAGUUGGGAAAUGGGGUAUUGGCGAUGACAGGCACAUAUGA